CCCCAAUGGGCCUAACGACCGCCGCAGCUCCGGCUUGCCGGGAACAGCCGGGGUUUUUCAGAUUUUUGAGUUUUUUUGAGCCGUAGAAGAAAAAAAAAAUUGAUAUGCUGCUUGGUUAGCUCCAAAUAUCUUAUCGACGGGCGAUUAAAUUCUCUUCCUAAAUUUCAACAUAGUCGAAAGUCUCUUACCUUCAUACACUUUCGUAACUAUUAAGGAGUUUAAUUGAUUUGCCAUUCCUUUUAUUACCUCUGUAUUAUACUUCUCAGACCUUGUCCAUUAAUACUUUUGCAGUUUCUACGCCGGAUUUCCUAAGCUGUGCGUCGGAUCUCGUUUGCUAUUCUUGUACAAGUACGAGGGUAUAAUACUCCCGCUUCCUAAGGUUGAACGAACCCUUCCUACUAAUCCUGUUUCCCCCUGAAUCAUAAUGCCUGAGAAACAAGAUACCACCGCUCAACCUUCUGCCCCAGAAGCUGAAACCCAAAAUGGUCAACCCGAAGAGACUAAGGUUGACUCUAACGGCCAGCCGUCUGAUGAAGACGCGGGAGAUGCGGGAGAUGCUGCAGAUGCUCUAUACCCUCUAACUAUUCAUCUACCCCGCGAUCCGAAUAAGAUCCAUGUGAUGGUCUCGCCUCAAGAGCAGGUCCACGAGCUGCGUCAGUCUAUUAUCGAGCUACCCUCCGCCUUUCAAUAUUCUUGCUUCCACCUCGAGCAUGCGGGGGAACGAAUUAACGACUUCGUCCAAAUUUCCGACGUAAAAGGACUCGGUCCGGAAGCUGAGAUCCGUUUGGUAGAGGAUCCAUAUAAUGAAAAAGAGGCUAGAAUACAUGUCAUCCGAAUUCGGGACUUGGUGGGUGCUGCGGGGGAUCGGACUGAUACCCUGCAAGGAGUUAUGCCCGGAGUCUCUCUCUUCGAUUCGGUCACCACCAGAGCUAAGGACAACGACAAUGUCCAAGCCAGUGCCUACGACUUCGAUGCUCCUGCGAAUCCUUUAGCCCUCAUACCGGGCGAGGAAGAACCUGCUCCUAAGACAGUAAAGUCCAUUGCUCUGUCGCCAUGGAACCCCCCGCCCUACCACCUUAGGCAGAAGGGUCAUUUGCUGUAUCUGCUCAUCACUACGAACGAAGGAGAGCAAUAUCAGAUCACAUCUCACGUCGGCGGGUUUUAUGUUAACAAGUCGUCAAAUAGCAAAUUCGAUCCCAUGCCUCGGGCAGCCCCUAAAGGACAUGCUGCGCAUUCGCUAUUAACACUGUUAACCCAGAUCUCACCCUCAUUCUCAGAGACCUUCGAACAAUUGUUGCAGUACAACAACCACAAGGAUCCCCUGGCCACAUUCCAGAUGACAAACGCUAUUCCUGCGGCGCCGUGGCUAGUCCCUUCGCAGAACUCACCAUUGUUGGCCCAUACCCCUGAUAUUACGAGAACCCAGGAGGGCUACCUCAUCUCCGGUGUUGAUAACACCGAUACUUUGAGAGAUUGGAACGAAGAGUUCCAAUCGGCACGCGAAUUGCCCAAGGAGACGGUCCAGGAUCGCGUCUUCAGGGAGCGGUUCAUUUCAAAGCUUUUUGCCGAUUACUCCGACGCUGCUGCCAGGGGAGCUAUCCUGGUUGCCCGCGGCGAGGUCACCCCGUUAAACCCCACGGAAGACCGUGAUGCCCAGAUAUUUGUCUACAAUAACGUGUUCUUCUCCUUUGGAGCUGAUGGUGUGGGUACUUUCACUUCAGAGGGUGGUGACGAUGCCGCAAGGGUGGCCACUGGAAAGGAUGUCAACGGAGUGCGCUUAGUUAACCAACUCGAUAUUGAUGGGCUCUACAGCCCGGCAACUGUAGUAGUUGACUAUCUUGGAAAGCGAAUUGUUGGCCAAACAGUCGUUCCGGGCAUUUUCAAGCAGAGGGAGCCUGGUGAGAAUUCCAUCGAGUAUGGUGCAGUAGAGGGCAAGGAAAUAGUUGCGGCCGAUGAACGUUUCGCAGCAACCUUUGAGAAACUGUCCAAAGCCUUGCAGGUUAAAAAGCAUCCAGUUUGGGACAAAGAUGGCAAGCGCUUCGAUCUAGAGGCCAGCGUUGAAACGAAGGGUUUAAUGGGUACAGAUGGCCGAAAAUACGUCCUUGACUUAUACCGCAUUACCCCUCUAGAUGUAUUGUGGCUGGAAGAGAACAGUACCACUGAGGAACAGAAGACCGAGCUCGAUUAUCCUCAUCGGAUGACUGUCUUACGAUCAGAACUCGUAGAAUUACUCCGAAACCACAACUGGAACGAAUGGGUGAAUAAGGAGCUCGAAAGGUUAAAACAGAAGUCCAAAUCCAAGUCGGAGGGCGAGCAAACCGACAAAGAGGAGAAGCCUUCAUCUACGGAGGAAAAGACUACGGAAGAAAAAGAAGAGGACAAACCUACCGAGUCAAGCGAGGAUGCCGCGAUGGAAGACGAAGACCGCAUCGACGCUUCAGAAUUCCAGUUCUCGCUUAACCCAGAUGCGUUCAGUGGUCAGGUCCCUCAGACCGAUGCUGAGAAGGAAGAGCUAGCUGCUGACGAAGAGGAUGUUCGAAAUGCUUGCAAGUAUCUUCGCGAAAUAGCAAUUCCGACUUUUGUCGAUCAUAUCAAGGCCUCAGAUUUACCGUUCCCUAUGGAUGGCCUAUCUCUUACUAAGAUGAUGCACAAGCGCGGUAUUAACAUGCGAUAUCUCGGCAAGAUAGUGUCUCUUUGCGAGGGUCCUAGGCUUUUACGACUUCGGGAUCUAUGUUUGCAUGAGAUCAUAUCAAGAGCAUUCAAGCAUGUUGCAGGCAAAUAUUUGCGAUAUCUACCAAUUCCCCUAACCUCCGCCUGCAUUGCCCAUCUUCUUAACUGCCUUCUUGGAUCUGGAUUCAACAGUAACCCUACUGCGGAUAUCGACGAGUCCCUAAAAGCACUGUAUCCUGAAGCCGAUCUUGCAUUUGCCAGUGUCACACCAGAAAGCCUCCGAAAAGAGAUUGCGGCGCAAGUGUUCCGUCGGUUCAGGUUCACCCUGGAUUCAGACCUACAAUUCCAGAUGAAACCCUUGCAACUUCUCCGCGAGGUGUCUCUGAAGCUCGGCUUCCAAUUGCAGGCGAAGAACUUCCAGUUCACUAGCGAUUCCAGCACUGGAAAUACCACAACCACGAAUGGUGUCAACGGUCACGCGAGUGGUGAUGGUAAGAAGAAAAAGAAGAAGUCGAGAGACGGAUCUCCGUCUUCUGUUAACUCCAUUACUGUCCCCACUACAUUCACUCCAGAUGAUGUUGUGAACAUUGUCCCUAUCAUCAAGGAUUCUGCACCAAAGAGUGCUAUUUCUGAGGAGGCCCUAGAAGGUGGUCGCCAUUCAAUCAUGCAAAAUAACAGAAAGAUUGGACAGGAGUUGUUAUUGGAGAGUCUGACUCUCCAUGAGCAAAUUUACGGAAUUCUUCACCCAGAAGUUGCGCGAGCUUACUCCAGUUUAGCACAAAUCUAUUAUCAACUUGAGGAGAAGGAGGCUGCUGUUGAUCUAGCGAGGAAGGCAGUUAUCGUAUCGGAGCGGACAAUCGGAGUUGACUCUGCGGAAACGUUGCUCUACUACCUAAAUCUUGGGCUUUACGUACAUGGGUCUGGUGAUAGCAAGGCAGCCCUCGCAUACGUCAAACAUGCUCUAGAUCUAUGGAAGAUCAUCUACGGGCCCGAUCACCCCGAUUCGAUCACAACCCUGAACAAUGCAGCAGUCAUGCUACAGCAUAUGCAAGCUUACCAUGAAUCUCGUAUCUGGUUUGAGCAAGCCCUUGCUGUUUGCGAGCGCGUGAUGGGCAAGCAGUCUCUCCCAGCUGCUAGCCUUCUCUUCCAGCUUGCCCAAGCACUGGCCUUAGACAACGAAUCCAAGGCCGCGCUCGGCAAGAUGCGCGAGUGCUACAAUAUCUUCUUGCACCAACUAGGCCCGGAGAACAACAACACCAAAGAAGCCGAGACUUGGUUGGAGCAACUGACGCAGAACGCCGUCGCGAUCGCGAAGAGGGAUAAGGAUGCUCAGGCGAGGCGUCUGCGAGCCGGAAUACGCUUCCCACCGCGUAACGUCGCGCUUGGCGGUGGUGGUGCCGGUGCUACUGCACAGCCCGCGGCAUUGAGUGCGAACAAAUCGGACAAGCCUGAUGCCCGAAGCAUCGAUGAUCUAAUCAAAUUCAUCGAGGGCAACACGGCACAGAAGAAGAGCACCAAGAAGCGUACCGCGCGUAGCGGGCCCAAGACGCGAGUAGGCGCGGCUGCAUGAUGAAUCGAUGGACACUGAAAAGAAUUGGGUAUGAUAACGAGGAAAUAUGUCAGUCAUGGAUCACUGUGGUAGGGAGAUCGGUCCUAGCCGACGGAUGGAGAUUCAGGGGCACGGAAAAGGAAAGGAUGGAAAAAUAAAAAAAAUAAAAUAAAGAAACAUGGGGAUUCCUCAGGCAUCAUCAUAUCUUCAAACUUUACGAGGCAUCUCUAGAAAGCGGAGGAAAAAUCUGUUCUUUCUCUCCCUCACAUCCUCUCAAAAGGUUGCAUAGUUCUCGCAGAAUGGGGUUUUUGCAUUGUGUAUGUACAUUUUUAUUUCUUCAUCCUUCCCAUUUCAACUUGGUUGGCCGGCUGGCGAAUAUUAUGAUACGGCGGCGAUGAAAAUCUGGAACUCGCUCGAUGCAUGUGGGAAAGGGCCCAAGGACGUUGUAUAUACACACUAAAUAGGGAUAUAUGGCACUAGGGGGGCGGUUCAACUCAAGUUACAAAAGGAGGCAGAAUCGGGGGGAUGUUUACCAAUUCCCCCCUCCCCCCUCUAGGUACACAGGAAAAGCAUGAACGCGCUUCGUGGCAUGCGUGUGUUAAAUAGACAUACAUCUUCACUCUUGAA